CUCUGCUCCACGGGCGGAAGAGGCGGCGGCGGCAGGAGCGGCGGCAGCGGCGGCAGGAGCCAAGGAGCAGGCUCCAGACGCUGCUUAGGAACCGGGGACCCAGGAGUGCCCGCACCCUGAGCUCUCAGCUCCGGAGGCGUCAUGGCAGAGUACGGGACUCUCCUUCAGGACCUGACCAACAACAUCACCCUCGAAGAUCUGGAACAGCUCAAGUCAGCCUGCAAGGAGGACAUCCCCAGCGAGAAGAGUGAGGAGAUCACUACAGGCAGUGCCUGGUUUAGCUUCCUGGAAAGCCACAACAAGCUGGACAAAGACAACCUAUCCUACAUUGAGCACAUCUUUGAGAUAUCCCGCCGUCCUGAUCUACUCACUAUGGUGGUUGACUACAGAACCCGUGUGCUGAAGAUCUCGGAGGAGGAUGAGCUGGAUACCAAGCUAACCCGAAUCCCCAGUGCCAAGAAGUACAAAGACAUUAUCCGGCAGCCCUCUGAGGAAGAAAUCAUCAAAUUGGCUCCCCCACCAAAGAAGGCCUGAGCAAAGGGGAGGAAGAGGAGGAAGGUUGGAUCUUCAUCAGACCACUCCCUUCCCCGUCCUCAAUGGGAGGGGCUAGGGCAACCCCCCUGCCCCGUACCCACUUACUAACUUGGUCCUAACCCCCUUACUAUGCGCGUGUGUGUGCGUGUUCACACGCUCUGGCUGUCUGUCUGUCUAGCUCAUCUAGUUCCUCCUCCUCAUGAGGGGACUGGAGUCAGGGGAGGGGGAGCUUAAUUUCCCCACUAUAGGGGAGGUGGAAGCUAUUUCUAUGUAAAUAGAAAUUGGCACAUUCCUCCUCCUCCCCUUUCCUCCACUCUUCCCCCACAUCUUUAAAGUAUGGAAGCAGAAGGACCUGCAUUUUCCUACACUGAGGAGCUAAGGUGAAGAUGAGGUAUGGGAGAGAUGGUUAGAGCUACAGAAAACCAAUGGGGAAGGAAGAUAAGAGCUACUCAACCUCUACCUGGAAGGGGAAAGAAGAGCCAGAAUUCAGUGUUUGUAAAUCUGUGCUGGACUGGCUAGAACCCAGUUUCCGGCCAUUCCUUAGGCUGAAGUUCUGAGUGCCAGCAGGCCCUCUUUUAUGCCCUUGUCACAGGCCUGGGAUAGAUAUGAGCCAGAAAUCUUAAUGAGAAGACCACUAGAUCCUUUCCUGGCCCCAAAAAUCAAACCCCAUGGAGAAGCCAGCAUUUGAUGUCCUCAACUUCUACUCUGGAGAGACUAUGCUGGGACCCAUGCACUACUGAGCCUGAGAUAGGGAUGCAGACAGAGACAGGCCCACUUUCUAUUUCAUUCCUGAACACAGACUGUUGAAUAUACUGACCCUGAGCCUAGGGAGGUUGGGGAAUGAGAUCUGUAGGUUUUAACCUCAACCUGCCCAAACCUACAGGGUCCCGAUAAGGCAACCUUCACACUCUCCAGUUUCGAAUUCCCCAAGCAAGAAAGUUAAUUACAGUGGUUUCCUCUGCACUGACACUGAUUACCACCCCAAUUCAAUCCAGGAAGGGACUUGGUAACCUUUCUCAUUUGGGUUUGUGGAUGCCUCCAAGCCAAGUCACUAGAGUACAGUGAGUGAACCCAGCCUCCUACCUGUCCCAAGAUGCCCUUCCCCAUCUUGACCGUGCUAACUGUGUGUACAUAUAUAUUCUACAUAUAUGUAUAUUAAACCCGCACUGCCAUGUC